AUGAACAAAUUUGGAGACUUGAAUCAAGAAACUACUGCAUUAUUUGUGUUGGUAUUCAAUAAAAAUUUCAGAUAUGGUGAAUUAGAGGAAACCCUAGAUGCCAACAAACAUAAAGUAUUUGAAAAAACAAAAUAUUCAAUGUGGGAUGAGAGUAUAAAGCAAUACAUUCAAACUAAUUAUCCACAUCUCCAAUCAAUUAUUAUCACAGGUUAUGAGUUGCAUGUUUGUUUAUUCCAAACUGCCAUUGAUUUAGGUAAAGCAGGUUAUGAAACCCAUAUCAUUACUGAUGGCUCUGGUUCAAUUAAUAAGAUUGAAAAUGAUGUCUCACUCAAAAGAAUUAGACAAAUGGGUACAUUUUUAGCCACCACUGAAAUGACAAUUCUCCAUUUUGUUAAAGAUGAAAAACAUCCACAUUCAGAAAUUAUUUACAAAAAGAAUUCUGAUAGAAUCGAUGAGCUAAAAAAAAUUGACAUCAACAAAUAA